AGUUUGCCAUUUUUCUCAUCACAGAAAUAUUGCUUCUUCUUACAGCAUAAUGGCAAAGCAACCGGGAGGCAUUAUCGAUGUUCCAUGCCCAAACAGCCUUGAAUUCCAAGAUCUUGCUCGUUUUGCUGUCGAUGAUUAUAAUCACAAACAUCCUGACAGUAAUGGUCUUUUGGAGUUUGGAAAAGUAUUGAAUGUGCAGCAACAAGUAGUUGACGGGUACAUGUACUAUAUAACACUUGAAGCUACUAAAAAUGGAAAGAAGAAAGAAUAUGAAGCCAAGAUUUGGGUGAAGAAAUGGGAGGACUUCAAAAAGGUUGUAGAAUUUAAUCUUGUUGGUGAUGAUGGCCCAAAGCCUGCGGGAGGCAUUAUUGACCUUUCAUGCGAAAAUAACCUCGAAUUCCAAGAUCUUGCUCGUUUUGCUGUUCAUGAAUAUAAUAAAAACAAGAAUUCAGCAUUGGAGUUUGUGAACGUUUUGGGCGUGAAGGAACAAAUAGUUGCUGGAAUAAUGUACUAUAUAACACUUGAAGCAACUGAUGGUGGAAAGAAGAAAAAAUAUGAAGCCAAGAUUUGGGUGAAGAAAUGGGAGGACUUCAAAAAAGUUGUAGAAUUUAAUCUUGCUGGUGAUGAUGGCCCAAAGCCCGGAGGCAUUAUCGACGUUCCAUGCCCAAAUAACCUCGAAUUCCAAGAUCUUGCUCGUUUUGCUGUCAAUGAUUAUAAUAAAAAAAAGAAUUCUGCAUUGGAGUUUGUGAACGUUUUGGGCGUGAAGGAACAAAUAGUUGAUGGAAUAAUGUACUAUAUAACACUUGAAGCAACUGAUGGUGGAAAGAAGAAAAAAUAUGAAGCCAAGAUUUGGGUGAAGAAAUGGGAGGACUUCAAAAAAGUUGUAGAAUUUAAUCUUGUUGGUGAUGAUGGCCCAAAGCCGGGAGGCAUUAUCGACGUUUCAUGCGAAAAUAACCUGGAAUUCCAAGAUCUUGCUCGUUUUGCUGUCGAUGAUUAUAAUCACAAACAUCCUAAUUCUGCAUUGGAGUUUGUGAACGUUUUGGGCGUGAAGGAACAAAUAGUUGAUGGAAUAAUGUACUAUAUAACACUUGAAGCAACUGAUGGUGGAAAGAAGAAAAAAUAUGAAGCCAAGAUUUGGGUGAAGAAAUGGGAGGACUUCAAAAAAGUUGUAGAAUUUAAUCUUGUUGGUGAUGAUGGCCCAAAGCCGGGAGGCAUUAUCGACGUUUCAUGCGAAAAUAACCUGGAAUUCCAAGAUCUUGCUCGUUUUGCUGUCGAUGAUUAUAAUCACAAACAUCCUAAUUCUGUAUUGGAGUUUGUGAACGUUUUGGGCGUGAAGGAACAAAUAGUUGAUGGAAUAAUGUACUAUAUAACACUUGAAGCAACUGAUGGUGGAAAGAAGAAAAAAUAUGAAGCCAAGAUUUGGGUGAAGGAAUGGGAGAAAUUCAAGGAAGUUCAACAAUUCAAGCAGCUUCUUGGUGAUGAAUGAAUCUACUCUUAUGUUGGUGAGAAAUGAAGUUACUAUUAUGUUGGUGAGAAAUAAAUCUAGUUUAUUUAUCUGGAUUGUAUUAUUUGAAUGUUGUGUGGCAUGAAGUUAGUAUUAUGUUUGUGAGAAAUAAUGACAGAUUUAUUAAUCUGGAUGUAUUUGUAUGUUGUGUUGUAAGCGUAUAUCAAUAAAUUUAAAGUUUUUACGUUUGA